UCCUUGGCAUUCCUCUUCACAAACAUACCACUAUCCAACCUAACAUGAGUCUUGGUCACCAUUAAAAUAUGUCAAUCAUAUGCAAAUAGUUCGAUUUGCGUUAUUGUUUGUAUAUGUAUAUCUUUACAUAUAUAUAUAUAUAUAUAUAUAUAUAUAUUAAUAUUAUCUGUAGCCUUCAGAUACCCUCUUUCAUCAAAUUAUAGACAGGGCAAGUUAAGGCCAUUUUGUUAGGUAUUAUCCUCUUCUAAGCCAUGUUUAGAGCGUUAAGUACUCAAAAGAGUCGUGGUGGUGGUGAAUAUGAACAGUUAGCUGAUGAGCCGUUGAUCGGAGUUUUGCAGGCGAAGCUGAGGAGGUCCGCAACCUUGCCAGCUAAACUGUUCGGUUCAUCAUCGAAAAGGUUAGCUGCAGAAUCAAAUGCUCCGGUGAAGCAGGCGAAAAAGGCUAGCAAGAUUCACCCUUUCUUCAGCCUUUUCGAAACAAGGCGAAAAAAGAAAGCAACAGCAAAGCCAGAGUUUGCAAGAUAUCUGCAGUAUGUGAAGGAGGGAGGUGUUUGGGAUGUGAAUUCAAAUGUGCCUGUAAUCUAUUAUAAAUGAAGCUCUGUUAUGCUACAUAUAUAUAUAUAUAUAUAUAUAUAGUUCUUGUCUUUUGGUAAGAAUUCAAUGUACUCUUGGGUGCUCUUGACAACUUGGAUUUGUGGUUAUGCUUAAUGUUUGGAUAAACCAAUUUG